AUUGAUUCGCGGGAAAAAAUGAAAAAUGGCGACUUGCAUAGUUUGAACUUUAGCGCCUGUACACAUAUUGCAAGAAUCGACAACUCCUAGCGAAUGGAACGUUACUCAACAGCAGCGACAUUAUUUCGAGCAUUGACCCUGGAUUGGAAGUUAACCAAGGCGGAAGAGUAGUAGUGUGGACAGCCCAGCUGCAGCAUGUUGCAGUCAGCCUACAGAGAUAACUUCUGCAGUGUGGAGCCAGAUGAGGUGCUGGAGGCCAAGCAUUUACCCCAGAAGAGGGAGAGAGGGAGGAGCUUCACAGACAUGGAAAGCAGCGUGACCGUGGGCCAGUAUGUACUGUGCCGCUGGUCUGAUGGCCUAUACUACCUGGGGAAGAUCCAGAGAGUGAGUACCUCCAAGCAGAGCUGCUUUGUCACUUUUGAAGAUAAUUCAAAAUUCUGGGUUCUCUGGAAAGACAUCCAACAUGCUGGAGUUCCGGGGGAGGAGCCCAAAUGCUCAGUCUGUUCCGAAAUGGUGCUGGUAUCUGACAAUGAGAUCCUGCUAUGUGGAAAAUGUGGAAUAGGUUACCACCAGCAGUGCCACAUGCCACAGGUGGAGAGCUCAAUGGUUUUGUCACCAUGGUUUUGCAGGAGGUGCAUCUUUGUUUUAGCUGUGCGGAAAGGGGGAGCUCUCAAAAAGGGGCCCAUAGCAAAAGCACUGCAGGCCAUGAAGCAGGUGCUUACCUACAGCCCAGAAGAGCUGGAAUGGGAUUCCCAGCACCACACAAAUCACCAACAGUGUUAUUGCUACUGUGGAGGACCUGGAGAGUGGUACUUGAAGAUGCUGCAGUGUUUUCGGUGUGAACAGUGGUUCCAUGAGGCCUGUAUCCAGUGCCUACAGGAGUCCAUGAUGUUUGGAGAUAGGUUUUACUUGUUCAUUUGUUCCAUGUGUAAUAAAGGAGUAGAGUACAUCAAGAGACUGGCCCUCCGAUGGGUGGACGUGGUGCACUUGGCACUUUACAAUCUGGGAGUCCAGAGUAAGAAGAAGUACUUUGAGCUGGAGGAGAUCCUCAACUUUGUCAGCAACAACUGGGACCAUUUCCAGUUGGGCAAGCUCUCCAAUACUCCUCCAACAGAAAGAGGCCAAUAUCUCCUUGAUGCUCUGAACAACUACAAGAGCAAGUUUCUCUGUGGGAAGGAGAUCAAGAAGAGGAAAUGCAUCUUCCGCCUGAGGACCCGCGUUCCCCCCAACCCUCCCUCUAAACUGUUUCCUGAGAGGGCUCAGAACGAGGGAUGGAGAGGACGAAAGAAAGGCACAGGCAGGAACAGCUCUCUCCCUGCAGAGAAGAGGAGGAAGAGAAGAUCAAAAUGGCUGCUGGAGGACGCCAUCCCCAAUAAUGACCUGACCUCCACCUGGAGCACCAACCAUCACAUGGCCAACAUCUUUGACUUCACCUUGGACGAGUUACAAAGUCUCAAAAGCACCAGCUCAGGACGGACCUUCAGUCUGGACCUGGACUCCACAGACGCUGCUAGUACCACAGGAUCUGCCACCACCAGUGUCUCCUAUGACCUCAGGAAGAAUGUUGGCAGCCGUAAGAGGAAGCUGCCCACCUCAAACUACACGGUGCUGGCCACUAAGAGGGAGGUGGUGGAGAAUGAGCUGAGCCCUAUGGAGCAGAGCCUGCCGGGAGAGGAGACGGCCUCCGUGAUGCUGGACAACGCCAUCGACAGCCACACCUUCGACAGCAUCAGCGAGGACGACUCAUCCCUCUCCCACCUCAAGUCCUCCAUCACCAACUACUUUGGGGCGGCGGGGCGGCUCACCUGUGGAGAGAAGUACCAGGUGCUGGCCCGCCGGGUCACUCUGGAGGGGAAGGUGCAGUAUCUGGUGGAGUGGGAGGGCACCACGCCCUACUGACCUGGCCAACCAGACAGGCUGUCUUCAGUUAGGUGUUGCAGAGAAGGGGGGAAUAAAUGGCAAGGCCUACCUAGUUGUACUCAUUUAAUUGUUUCAUGUUGCUUUCUCUUGUGCUACAGUACUAUUUCAGUAUAUAUGACAAGUACAAAUGGUUGUUCUCUUCCACCAUAGCUAAGGUUUUUAUUAUUUAAUUUGUAAUUCAACCGGAAUGUAUUGAACAGAAACGUAAAGAUUGAGUCCGUUUUUUUUUAUAGAUACAUUGACUGUUUGUUAGCGUCCUCGAGAAUUUUCAACAGUAACACAGCCUGAAAAAUAGUCCCAUGGGGCACAGAUGUAAAUUCAACGGCUAUUCCACGUUAUUUCGUUGAUUCAACCAAUGUGUGCCUGUUGGGGUUUGCCUUGGUCUUAACCGGAUGAUAGCUUGAGUAGAAGAUUUGUGAUGGUACUGUAAAGGUAACGUGAGAUAUGGCCCAGGGGUCCAAGAAAUAACAAUACCACUGAUUCUAAAGGAUGGCAGCAAAACUGUUGAAAGAGCACUGCUAAAAUGGGCUGUCAGUGUCCCUAAAUUCAAUUCAGACACCUUCCAAUAAUAUUCUGCUCUACUAAUAGUUUUUUUUACCUUAUGUUUUGAAUUGUUUCUCUUAACAGCAAUAUGCCAUAUCCAAGCAACAUUUAAUAUGCCAUAUCCAAGCAACAUUUAAUAUGCCAUAUCCAAGCAACAUUUAAUAUGCCAUAUCCAAGCAACAUUUUAAUAUGCCAUAUCCAAGCAACAUUUAACUUGUAGCAAGUUAUACCUUUGUCAUUGUUGUGCCUCUCCACUGAUCAAUGAAACCGCAGUUUAACAGCUUUAUCUACGCAGUACUGUAAUGCCAAGUCUAAAAGCUGAGUAACAAACACAUGUUUUUAUGAAUUAUCACUUAACAGUCAGUUUAUACUUGGUCCUUUAAUUUUCAAAUGUGUUUAGAGAGUUUUUCCGGAUGGUUAGGGGGACAAAAGACCAAAGCAAAUACUACAAGCAUUUCUGAUAGUGUUCCUGGUUUUCCUUUUAUCUCUAGUGGUUUAUGCUGACAUAGGUAGUUUGGCUUACGUAGAUGCAAAACUGUUGUAUUUAAUGGAAAUUCAAGGUAGAGGAUGGAGAACUUAUUUUAACAUAGUACUUUUAGACACUGUAAGAUCUUUUUUGACAUUUGAAAUAUAGAAAGUUAAAAUGAGAAUAUUCCUUUAGUCGUGGACUUUAAGGGGGAGUCUUGGUCUAUGCUCUUACAAUAUCCAAAGAUGACUUUAUAUAUUACUCUCCCACCUAUAGAUAUUUCUGUUUCCUCAAGACAAAUAUUUGUUUUGUUCCAGACUUGGAUAUCUUUUCGCUGACAGUGAAACCUGGGGCUGUGUACAUUAGGGCACUCAGUGGGGGGGAAAAGGAAAGAAUUUAGCGGAAAACAAAAUGAGCAUUUAGGCCUAUUUAUUUGACACACCCAGGUAAUCCCUCCGUUUAAUUUAGAUUUCUUCUGAUUGUGCUUAAUGAACAGGAUACAGUCUUUCGACCUUGAUAAAUAUGAUUCGAUAUGAAUGUCAGUACAUCAUGAAAGAUAAAUGACGCUUUCCUAUUAACAUUUCUGUUAAUGUACAUCACCCUCUUUAAGUCAUUGCACUAUUGACACAUCUUAAACUAUGCAAGUAUGGUUUUUUAAAAUUGAUGUUACUAAAUAACCAAAUAUUAUUUACAAUAUAGUUUUAAUUGAUUAUUAUGUAAAUUUGUGAUCAGAAGUCACAUGCUAUAUAUGCGUUAUAUUAUUAAUAAGCAAAGUUAAGCUACUUGUAAUAUGUUUCCCCUUUAGCAUUUUGCAACUGUUUAUGCACUUACUUUCCUUCAAAUUACAGUAUGACUGUAUUCACUCAAACAGUUUUAUGAGUAGAUUCAUAUCUAUCCUAUGGAGUUUCCAUUUUAUGGAUGAUUCUUGAAUAGUGACACAUCAAUGGUAAACUGUGUGCAGCAUAAAAGUUUGACUUUAGUUGUAUUUCAAAUCAAAUAAAAUGCAUCUUUAAACAUGAAUGACUGUAUAAUAGUUGUUUUGCCAUGUUACAUGCCCAGAGCUGUGUAUAUAGAGAACUUCCUGUGUACUGUACAUUUACCCCUAUUUCCUAUGCUUGUUAGAAAUGUUAACUGUUACAUCUCUCAGCGGGCAUUAUGCAUCCUUAUUUGUCAUUCAUUAAACCUUUAUUUGGUCUUUCGAAUUGUAAUAAAAAUAAUUUGAGAUGC